GCCCGGGCAACCGCCCGGCGCGGCGCGGGGUUGUUGUGAAGGGCCGGUUGCGGGGCGGUGGCGGGCAGGGGGUCCCGGUCCGGUACUGCCGGGCCCCGCCGCCACCAGCGUCCAGGCGAUCGGCCUCGCCCCGGCCAGCGCUCCCGUCCCGUGAUGUUCGUCAGCGGUGAGGCCUCGUCCCCCGCCGCGCCGCCUCUCAGGAGAGUCUCGCCGUGACCGUGUUUGAGUGCCCGCAGGACGGCCCCGGUGCACGGCCUGGCCGUAGGACGCGCUAGCGGAGCGGAGCCUCGCCGGGAGGAGGAAGGCGCUGCCCGCCCGAGAGGCGCCGCGCUGAGCCAUGGCCGUGGCCGUCACCACGAAGACGGCAUGGAAGCUGCAAGAAAUCAUGGCCCACAGCAGCAAUGUAUCCUCAGUAGUCCUGGGAAAAGGUUCAGGCCGGAUGCUGGCCACUGGAGGAGACGACUGUCGGGUCAACAUAUGGUCAGUUAGCAAGCCCAACUGCAUCAUGAGCUUGACAGGCCACACAACCCCCAUCGAGAGCCUACAAGUCAACCCAAAUGAGAAGCUCAUAGUUGCAGGGUCCCGGUCAGGGUCCAUUCGAGUUUGGGACCUGGAAGCUGCCAAAGUUCUUCGUACCCUACCAGGUCACAAAGCAAAUAUCUGCAGCCUUCAUUUCCAUCCUUUUGGAAGCUUUGUGGCAUCUGGCUCUUUGGACACCAACAUUAAGCUCUGGGAUGUAAGAAGAAAAGGCUGUAUCUUCACAUUCAAGGGUCACACAGAAGCAGUUCGGUGUCUCCGCUUCAGCCCUGAUGGGAAAUGGGUGGCCUCUGCUGCUGAUGAUCACACUGUAAAGCUGUGGGAUCUGACUGCUGGGAAGUUGAUGUUUGAGUUUACAGGACACACUGGCCCAGUAAAUGUUGUUGAAUUCCAUCCCAAUGAGUACCUUUUGGCUUCUGGCAGCUCUGACAGGACUGUUCGGUUCUGGGACUUGGAGAAGUUUCAAGUUGUGAGCUGUAUUGAAGAGGAGGCCACUCCUGUCAGGUGUGUGCUCUUCAACCCGGAUGGCUGCUGCUUGUACAGCGGCUUCCAGGAUUCGCUGCGUGUGUACGGCUGGGAGCCAGAGCGCUGUUUUGAUGUGGUCUUGGUGAACUGGGGAAAAGUAGCUGACUUGUCUAUCAGCAACAACCAGCUGAUAGGAGUUUCCUUUGCACAAAGCACAGUCUCUUCCUUCGUUGUGGAUCUCAGCAGAGUCCCAAAGUCAGAUUCUGUUCCUCACGGGUUGAUCAGGGACGACCAGCCUCUUGUGCCACCUACCCCCACAGGGUCCUCCCUUCGCCGCAUCUACGACAGGCCCUCAACGAGCUGCAGCAAGCCGCAGAGCAGAGUGAAGCACAACUCGGAGAGUGAGAGGCACAGUCCUAGCAGUGAAGAUGACCGGGAUGAGAAGGAAUCAAAGGCUGAGAUCCAGAACCAGGAGGAUUACAAAGAGAUCUUCCAGCCCAAGAAUGCAAUUUGCCGAACUCCUCCUCGAAAUGAGCCCUUUCCUGCCCCUCCUGAGGAUGAGCCUGGAGCUGCAAAGGAAGCCGUGAAGCCCAGCCAAGCUGCGGAUGUCCAGACCUCGCUGCCAAAGCAAGAGCUCCCUGAUCCGGUCCAGAGGCCACCGAUUGCCUCCUCAACUUCUUUGACCAGAACAGAGCCAUCAGUAAUUCCUGCAGCCAGGAAUGAGCCCAUUGGCCUGAAGGCCUCUGACUUUCUCCCAGCUGUGAAAAACCAAAGCCAGACAGAGCUGGUGGAUGAGGAGGCCAUGUCCCAGAUCAGGAAAGGCCACGAGACCAUGUGCGUGGUGCUCACCAGCCGCCACAAGAACCUGGACACCGUGCGGGCUGUGUGGAGCACCAGUGACAUCAAGAACUCUCUGGACUCUGCAGUGGCAAUCAAUGAUCUGUCUGUUGUUGUGGAUCUCUUGAAUAUUGUCAACCAAAAAGCGUCUCUCUGGAAGCUGGAUUUGUGUACUAUAGUCCUGCCACAGAUAGAAAAACUACUCCAAAGUAAAUAUGAAAGUUACGUGCAGACUGGCUGCACAUCCCUGAAACUCAUUCUCCAGAGAUUCCUGCCACUCAUCACGGACAUGCUCGCUGCACCACCUUCUGUUGGAGUGGACAUCAGCAGAGAGGAAAGGCUUCACAAAUGCAAGUUAUGCUACAAGCAGCUGAAAAACAUCAGCAACGUUGUCAAGAACAAGUCUGGGCUCAGCGGCCGCCAUGGUAGUGCCUUUCGGGAACUGCUUCUCCUCAUGGCUGUCCUGGACUAAUGGCCACCACCUCCUCAUGUACAAAUACAGGUGGCCAAGCUUCCCCUA